AUGAGUCAGGCGCCUACGCCACUGCGUACGCAACAGCAACAGCAACAGCAACAACAACAACAACGGGUUAGUACAGCAGACUUUCCCCAUACAUCAAUGAUGGCGGUUGGAGGUGAAGUACCUCUUGAAGAGGAGAAUACCAAUACUAAUACUACUACUACUACUACUACUACCACUAAUAAUAAUAAUAAUAAUAAUAAUAAUAAUAAUAAUAAUAAUAAUAACAGUGAGUUCUGUACUUCACAAGAGGCACUAGCAGCUGUUAGAUGUGCUGUACACGCUGCGGAUUUAUUAGCAUCUAUUUUGUCCACCAACACUUCUCCCUCUCUUCCAGGUGCUGCUGCUGCUGAUGUUGGUAGUAGUGGUGUUGUUGAGAGUACCGAUGAACCCAAUGGUAACAGUGAACCCAAUAGUAAUAAUAAUAAUAAUAAUAAUAAUAAUAAUAAUAAUAAUAAUAAUAAUAAUUACUAUGGAGGGAGUAUGAGUAGUAGUAUCAACAAGAAUGAAGAAGAUGAUAAUGGUGGAAUGAAUGCGGCGUAUUUGCAAAUUAUUCUCGCAGCAGUUGUUUCAGUAGCGGAAUCUCAACGUAUUGAUUUGGAACGUGCCGUCCGUCGUCGUAUUCGAUCUUUCGCUUUUGAACAGUUAACGCGAAGAGACACACUUUCCUCUUCUCCAUCUUCUUCUGUAAGUUCGAAUGCCGCUGCUAACGUCACUGCCCCUACUGAGAGGAAUGAUACUGGUAUAGAUAAUAAGGCACAUGAACAGAAGAAUCUCCAAAAAGAAGAAAAAGAAAAAGAAAGAAGAGAAGAAGAAAAACAACAAAGUAGUAGUUCUGCUUUUUGUUCUGGAAUGGAGUUACCUGUACAAGUAGAAAUCGUUCAUCCUGUAACCACCUUUGCGAAUGUGGAUAUUAUGGAUACGGUGAAAUCUCAUGGUAAUGAUGUUGAGGCUUCAGUAGAUAGAGAUAUUGGAGUCACUAAACCCUCUUUAGCUAACAACAACGAUGAUGAUCAUAAAAGUAGUCCUACUUUUGGUUCCAAUAAUAAUAAUAAUAAUAAUAAUAAUAAUAAUAAUAAUAAUAAUAAUAAUAAUAAUAAUAUUGAAACAUGUGUAUGUGAGAGUCAUAUGGAAGGGACGACAACACUAGAGACGUUAGUGCCUACUAUAUCCAGUGGCAAAUCUCCCAAUUUCUCAUGUACUUCUUCCUCUUCUUCUGCAGCUGCUGGAGUAAAGAUAUACCGCCCAGCAUUAUUGUUAACAGUACCCACGGAUGAUGAGACGAUUGGUCUUCUUGCCCCACCCGCCUCUGUGGCUGGAAUGACACCAAAGAAGAUGGAUAGAGAAGAGAAGACGUUAACUAACGUAGAUACAGCUGUGGAAAAAACAGAAAAAGAAGAAAAAGAAGAUGAAGAGAAGGAGAAAAAAGAAGAAGAAAAGAUAGUUACAAGAGAUGUAAUGGGAUAUGUGUCUAACACAAGAACGAUUAUAGAAAUGGAAGAUACAGAUACAAGAGGAACAAAUAUAGAAAAGAGAGAGAAUGUAAUGAUAUGUGGAUUGGAAUCAAUAUCCUUACGAGGAAUAUCUUCUGAUGUAUUAGACCCGAAUUUAAUUUCUGGAAAGGAAUUAUUAGUAUCUGAUCAUCAAACCGUUACUUCAGAUAAUAGUGCCUCUUUAACAACAGUGGCAGUUCAAGUUACAAAUACAAAUACCACAACUACAACAGGAACAACAGGAACAGCAUUCUGUCAUUCACAAAUGUCUGAGUUAUCUCAUCCGAAAGAAAAGGAAGAGGAAAAGAGAGAUACUUUUCAUCAUCUAUCAUCAUCAUCAUCAUCUCAAGAAGCUAAUAAAUCUAAUAUGGCUUCUGCUAUUUCCAUGGUUCCAGUAUUACCAGAAAUGGGAUCUAUCCCUUUUCCUCUUCCUCAUCCACCACCACCACCACCACCUUCUUCUUCUUCUACUACAGUUCCUAUUUCUCCACCUAUGGGUAUUCAUACCGUUAGUUCUACUGAUAAUCCGGCUACUGUAGAUGAUCCUAAUGAUCACACAGCAGGAGGAAUAAUGGAAUCUAUUUCUCAUAGACGUCGAAUAGAGGAAGUAUCAUCCACAUCUUUGGCUCUUAUCGCUGGUGUGAGUAGUGUAGACUCAGAUGAUGUGAAUGAUGAAAAUGAUAAUGAUUCCAUGGCUCAUGAGAUGCAAGAAGAGGGAGAAACACCUUUAGCCUCUCUAGUGGAUAAAUGUUGUUUUGCUAUUUCCUCUCCUUCUCUCUCUAUUCAGCAAUCUACUUGUACCUCCACUCCACUCUUGUUUACUCAACAUGAACAAUAUCAACACCAACCAUUACCGUUACCACGACAAAUGGAAAAACAACAACAAAAACAACAACGAAAACAACAACAACAAGAAGAAUUACAACAAGAAGAAGAAGAAUUACAAGAAGGACGGGAUUCAUCCGAUCCAUCUUCACGUUCUGCAGUAAAUUUCAAUAUAUCACCAUUUCUACCAAAUGAAGAGUCUUCACUCUCUCUACGUGCUGGAGAGGAACAUGUACAAUUGAUGAGUACUCCACAAUUACUAUCGGAAUUGGCAACAUCAUCACCCUAUCAAAAGGGAAAACAGAGUUGUAGUGAGGAACAUCAUUCAACAACAAAAACAACAACAGGAGCGGCAACCGUAACUGCACAAGUCCCAACAACAACAACAACAAAAACCGUAAAGGUGGGAGCAAAAAGUGGGAUAAAAGUAUUUUCUACACCUCUACGGGAUGAAUUCACUAAUACUGAACACAAUGAAAUGAUGUUUACCACAAGUAGUUGUAGUAGUAGUAGUAUUGCUACUACUGAUAGUAAUACCAUGCAUGGUAGAGAAAAGUAUAGAAGGAGCACUAGUCAACCUCUUGAAAUAUCUCCUCCUCGCAGAGGAUUAUCACCCAAUAUGAGUAGUAGUGCUGCUGGUAGUAAUAAUAAUAGUAGUAAUAAUGAUAAUAAUAGUAAUAGUAGUAGAGGUACAUCUACGCAUAUUACAGCAGUGCCGCCCUAUGGCUUAUUGCUUUUACAGCAAGUAUUGAGUGAACGACAGAGAGAGGAAUACGAGUAA